AUGCUCCCCCUCAAAGGCAGAUCCUUGCUGGCUGUCGUCACCACCAUCACGUCCCUUGGCUUUUUGAUGAUUGGUUUCGACAACGGCUUGAUGGGCGGGUUUGUUGGAGCCUUCGUCGGCGCUGUCAUUACGUCCCUCGUCGGGGAAAGCCUCGGUCGUCGCAAGAGUAUUGCCACUGGCUCGACCAUCAUGAUCGUUGGCGCCAUCCUCCAAGCAACGGCCUACUCGCGUGCACAGCUCAUCGUCGGCAGAAUUGUAUCCGGUAUCGGCAUGGGCUUUAUCAACUCGACGACGCCGGUCUUUCAAUCCGAGUUUUCGCCCCAGGGCAGCCGAGGAGUCUUCGUCUGCAUGCAAAUCUCCACACUCAACUUCGGCAUCAUGCUCGUCUACUGGAUCGAUUUCGCCUUCGCCAACAUCCCCACCAGCGCUGCCUGGCGCGUUCCUACCAUCCUGCAAUGCUUCUUUCUGUGUCUGCAGCUUCUGCUCCUGCCUUUGGUCCCUGACACGCCGCGGUGGUACGCGAAUCACGAUCGACCGGAGGACUCGCUCAUGGUUUUGAGGAGACUCUUCCAGCACCGCAAGUCGGAAGAGUAUAUCUUGCGGCUUCACCGGGACAUCGUCCAGGCUGUUGCUGUGGAAAGGACGCUUGGCGCUGGGACCUGGAAGGAUAUCCUCAAGAGCGACAUCAUCAAAAGUAGACGCAGGUUUCUGCUUGCGUGCGGAAUCCAGAUCAUGCAGCAGCUGGGGGGGAAUAACGCGGUACUUUGUAAACAUAUCCAUGAUAUUUGCAGAUCCCUCAAAAUCAAUUCUUCUAACUGUGCUAAUGAUGCCGCAGACUAUGCGAACACGCUCUUCCAGAACAGCGUCGGAUUCUCUACCCACAUGGCUGGCCUCAUGUCCGGGUAUCUGAACACCUGGUUCUUCGUCGCCUCGUUCAUUCCGUACCUUCUGAUCGAUCGUGUUGGUCGUCGACCAUUAUUAAUGUCCAUGAUCGGCCUCAUGGGCGCCGUCAUGGCCGUGCAAGCAGCGUUGAUCUACCAAGUACAGUACAACACUCCCAUAUCCAGACCCGCAGGCAUCGCUGCGUCGGCCAUGUUGUUUGUGUACCUUGGUGCUUUUGCUGUGGGCUUUCAGUCUACUGUUUGGGUGUAUCCAUCGGAGAUUCUUCCCCUGCGUCUUCGGCAGCGAGGGUCGUCCGUCUCCACAGCCUCGAACUGGAUCUUCAACUACAUGGUUGUGCAAAUCACGCCUCCGUCAAUUCAAAACAUCGGCUGGAAGACAUAUAUCAUUUUUGCCGUGUUCAACGCCUGCUGGGUGCCGUGCAUCUACUUCUUUUAUCCUGAAACUAAGGGGCUGCAGCUGGAGGAUGUGGAUAGGCUGUUCUCGAAGACGGAUGAUCUUACGACGCUGGUGGAUGAUGGGACCAAGACGGACUCGGUCUGUCAUGUUGAGCAUGGCGUGGUUUGA